CUUGUUAUUUGCCGUAUUUUAGUGUGAAUCAUUAAUAAAAAUGGUAAAAUAUGAACAUGAUAAAUGAAAUACGAACAAUAUAUUAUUGAGGAAAGAUAAUUAUCAACUACUAAGCAAGUUUAACGGAUAUUGUGAUGUCGUUCGACAAGGCUACAGAAAUAAAAAGCAAGGAGAUCGAUAAAAUCAAACGUCGUCAUAAAACUGACGACACUGUUGUUGCAACAGCAUUAAGAGGCAGUGAAGAUACAUUCCAGUGCACAAAAAUGGAGAACGCUGGUGAUAACGCCGGGAAACCGACCGAGUUAUGUUUACAAGGCAACUCUCAUCUCAUAUCUAGCACAACUAGCAGUCUGGCGGAUACGCCCGGUGAUUCUGGUGUUUUAUGUUUGGACAGCGAAGCUUCUGAGGCUACAAGUCAGGCUCUUAUGUCUCACAGUCUUAUCGGAGCUGAAGAACUCACUUGUGACAGUAUUUAUGAUGCUGCACCAUCAGGUUCUCAAGAUAUGAUUAAGAGCACUAGUAGUAGCAUCAUGACCCGUAGUGACAUAGAUAAUCAAAACAUAGGUGCUCCUGAUGAUAUUGUCCCUGAACUUUUAGUUGAAACAAGUAAGAAACCAGUGUAUGAAAAUUUACCAGAUGUUGUUUUAAAAGCUUUAGAGAGUGAAAAAGUUUCUAUCGAAGAAGUAAAAAAAUCUGCUUUGAGGACAUCUGAACCAAAAAAAUCAUUAUCAGAAGAUAUUGUGUAUAGAAGGAGAUGUCGAAAAAAGUCUCAAAGUGGACCAAGCUCACAGAAGAAAAGAGUUUCUUUUCAUGAAGAUAUUUUAAAUAAUACAAGAACAGAUAACAUUCAUAUUGAAAGGGGUUUUAUUUCUUACGGACCUGACAGUGCUUACUGUGAUAAGUUCAGACAGAAAAAUGCAUUAAAUGACAGAUUCUCAUGGUGUGCUUCUGGAGACAGAUCGCCAAAGUAUGCAGCAGAUGUAGCUCAACAAACAAUGUCUGAUAUACUGACCUACGGGGACUCCAAACAUGAUAAAAGUGGAAUAUUUGAGUAUUGCCAGACCUUCGAAAGGGAUAAUAAAGACAGAGUUAAUAAUAAUAAUAAUAAUGAGGCUAAGCCUCAUGGAAAAUUAUAUGCAUGUGAUUCAAACAGUUCAGAUUCCAAUUUUAGUUGUGAUUCAGAGUCUUCUUCCAGUGAUUCAUCGUCUUCCCACUCAAAUAAAACUGAAUCGUCACCAGUUCACAAAAAAACAGAUAAGACACAGAAAUCUUACUCAUGUGAUGGUUUUGAAAAUGGCGGGCAUGUGGCAUUUAUCAGAAAAACAUACUUCUCUGAAGCUGAUAUUGAUCAAUCGCAUGAUCGUAAUAAUAAACCUUUAGAAGUCACUCGAAGUCCAACCACAGUCAAAUCAGUCUUAAAAAAGAAGAGGUACAUAACAACAAAUGUUGUAGAGGAAAGAAAACAUAACAACAAAGUGUUAAGUCUACUUGAUGCUAAUAAUAUCAUAGACUCAUUAAAGAACUUUUACAAAAAUUUCAACUUCAACUUUGCACCUGAAAAAGGCUUGCCUGAGUCUAGUUUUGAGUUAAAUAAUGUUGUAGAAGCACUACCUUCUGAUGUGAACCAAAAUAAAAAGUUAUCAAAAAGCUUAGAUUCUGGUUUUCAAAUUGAAGAUGAAGACGAUUUUGUUGAAAUUAAUCUAAACUCUCAACCCUUGGAAGCAGAAAAACCAAAAGAAUUUAUAUCAGGAUCGAAAAAUCCCAUGUCAGGGGACAGAACACCUAACGAGGGAUCCCCUCGGCAUAAGUUGACAUUAAACAUGAAAACUCAACUGGACAAUAAGCUGUCAAACAAAGGAGGUGUGUUCCCCCCGCUGAGUAAAUACGUUGUUAAUUGUGAGAGCACAGUUUAUGAACAUAAAGGUGUUUCUUAUAGUUAUGUUCACGAUACAUUCCAAACAGCCUUUGAAGCUCCGAAGGAAACAUUUGUACCUAUCCCGGAAUCAACACCAGUCAGUGAGAUGGUACUAAGUUCAAGUAAACUUGACCUCAAUUCAAAACAAGAGGCGGAUAAUUCGAGCAGGACAUCGACACCGAAACGACAAUUCAACAAAAACGUUCAAGAGGAAACAGAGCAAAAGAAUGGUCUCACUAAACACUUGUCAUCACCGAAAAAGCAAAACGUAAACAGAUACAGCCGUAAGUCCGCGUCAACGGUGCAAAAGAGUGACGAAACGCAGCAAGUAAUUAGCGAUAAUUGCUCCAACACUGAUAACUCAACCUUGAAGGGCGCUGAUGAUUUCAAUGACGAAUUUUUCGACAGUCCCUCUAAUCAGAAGUUGCAAUCUAACAAAUCGGCGUUACUGAACCGAUACCUUAGAAAUGUGUGCCAGAAGAAGGACCUUGAACUAAAAGUGAAGAACAAUAAAUUCUUUCAAGUUAAAAUGAGAAUGGAGAGAGAGUUUCCGAGCAUUAUAUAUCCGUUUAAAGAUGUGUCGGAAACGUUUCGCGUCUCCUCGUCGAGGAUGUCCCGGCUCAUUGACAAGGAAGUCAUCGAAAACAAAAGACUGUCAGUGCGACUUCUCACUGCCGAGGAGCCGUCGUACUUUGACAGUUUCGAAGACAAUGUCGCUAUUGAGUGCAAUGAGAAAUUACGGCUACAAAUAUUUUCCUAUCCAAAUGAAACAUUGAACAGGAUGAUGAAAGUACAGUCACCAUACAACAUGGAGGAUGGCUCGUGGACUCCUCUCCUAGUAUUCAUAACGGACUACGCACUCUAUGUAGCCAGCGUGAAGCCCGGAGGCACAGAAUACGACAUACUAUGCCGAUUGCCACACAACGAGCUGGACGCCAUAGCGGUCGGUCCUGAAGCCCAAUACAUCCAAAUAAUCGACGUAGCGGGUAACAUUGCGUGCUCCGUCGUAACCGGGGAAUCUUCUCUCGGCGCGAGACUAGCUUCUUCAUUGGAAUGGAGCGCAAGAACGUCCCCGCUUCGCAUACAACGUCCACCAGCUAUGUUGCCUCUCAACUGCGACCACCUCGCGUUAGCAAUUACAAGGCAAAGGCAUGAAAAGAGGGUACCACCGAUUCUCUACUACGGCCGUGCGUGUUCAGGCGAUGCUGAGGAUAGACUUAUUGAAGCUCCAGGUGCCUUCGCACCGCCACUCGAAGGGUACCUUAUGUGCAAGACUGAGAAAAGCAAACGUUUCGAACCGUGUUACUUCUUGCUCAGAGCGGGCGUACUGCACUGGGGUUCGCACUCGCCCGACGGUACUCCCUUACCGAACAACAUCGCGCUCCGCACCGUAGUGGGAGUGCGCCGUCACGUGGACCCGUCCCGCAGGCCGCACUGCUUCGAGAUAGCGAUGAGCGAUUCUAGUAGGCUGCUUUUGGCUGCACCGGAUGAUCCCACCGCUUCCUCCUGGCUCCAGUCUUUACUUCUACACGCUGCUCAGGCCCUAGAGGAGAAGGACGGCGCCAAGAAGGCCAGCCCGCUCGGGCGCGGCCCGCCGCCCGCCUGCACGCUGCUCGUCACGCCGCUCGAGGUGCUGAGCGUGCGCGACACGCUCGACCUCGCCUUCGUCACCGGCGCCGCCGCCUACCUCAAGGAAAGGGGGUCAGAGGCUUUGCUCAAAGAAUACAUUGAAGAUAUGACAACAGAUGUCGAAAUUUUGGCGUGCGGCUCCAUCAAGAAUUUGACAGCGUUUAAAAUACCGGAUACGGACGAGAAUUGGUGCUGUUUAGAGUGGAGCGUAUGCGAGGCGCGCGAGCGGGGCGCGGGGCUGGCGCUCGUGCUGCCCAGCGGAGCCGAGCUCGAGCGGUUCAUACACGCGCUGGAGACCGCGCACGACCGACUCACGAACGAACCAUUCCCGCUCAGUGUGGUGGAGGCGUCGAAGUCUGCGUGCAGUGCGGCGCACUCGAAGUACGAAUCUGCGUGGUCCCACAUGUUGCCACAGCAGUAAACGUCAUCCCAAUACCUAUUAUAUUAAAAAAAAAAUCCGAUAAACAUAUAAAGCUUUAUGUUUAUUGCGCUGGUCGUAUAUAUGCUUUGUGAUAUAUAGUGAUAUUUUAUAUAAUCUGCCAAAUGAAGUAACCUCAUAUAAGCUUUCCUUAAUAUGCUUGUUAUAAAAAAAAGUGCAAAGUUUUCGAAUAAAUCUACAAUAGAUUGUAAUGGGUUUCAAAAAUACAAAUAAUUUGUAUAA